AUGGCUGAAGGCGUGAGCCAGGAAUUUAGGCACUCGGGUAACAUUGACCUGCGGGCCCCAGAGGUCACGCGGGCCAUCAAUUUUAGCGGCCAUGGCCCUAUACGAGGUGGACCCAGUACCCCCACUACCACCACCAGUACCCCCACUACCACCACCUGCACCACCAGUACCCCCACUACCACCACCAGUACCCCCACUACCACCACCAGUACCCCCACUACCACCACCAGUACCCCCACUACCACCACCUGCACCACCAGUACCCCCACUACCACCACCAGUACCCCCACUACCACCACCAGUACCCCCACUACCACCACCAGUACCCCCACUACCACCACCUGCACCACCAGUACCCCCACUUCCACCACCAGUACCCCCACUACCACCACCAGUACCCCCACUACCUGUAUCACCAGUACCACCACCUGCACCACCAGUACCCCCACUACCACCACCUGCACCACCACUACCACAACCUGCACCACCAGUACCCCCACUACCACCACCUGCACCACCUGCACCACCACUACCACAACCUGCACCACCAGUACCCCCACUACCUGUAUCACCAGUACCACCACCUGCACCACCAGUACCCCCACUACCACCACCUGCACCACCACUACCACAACCUGCACCACCAGUACCCCCACUACCACCACCUGCACCACCUGCACCACCACUACCACAACCUGCACCACCAGUACCCCCACUACCACCACCUGCACCACCACUACCACCACCUGCACCACCAGUACCCCCACCACCACCACCUGCACCACCACUACCACAACCUGCACCACCAGUACCCCCACUACCACCACCUGCACCACCAGUACCCCCACCACCACCACCUGCACCACCACUACCACAACCUGCACCACCAGUACCCCCACUACCACCACCUGCACCACCAGUACCCCCACCACCACCACCUGCACCACCACUACCACAACCUGCACCACCAGUACCCCCACUACCACCACCUGCACCACCAGUACCCCCACCACCACCACCUGCACCACCACUACCACAACCUGCACCACCAGUACCCCCACUACCACCACCUGCACCACCAGUACCCCCACCAUCACCAGUACCACCCCUAUUACCCGCCCCACCAAUAGCAGCAGCACCACCUCCAGUACCACAACCACCACCACUAGUACCACCACCAUCACUAGUACCACCAACACCACCACCACCAGUGAAGGCAGAGAGGGAGGAAAGCAACCUUGAAGAAUCCGUCCACCACCCACGCUAACUGGUCCUAUACAACUUUAACAUGCAAAA